GGGCGCCAUAUGCUUGCUUUAUUUGUAAAACCAACCCACGAGCAUGUCCUUACAUAUGUUUAUGGUUUUCUUAAAUGUUUCUAGUGAACUUGAAUAACUUAACAGGCAUAUAAAAUAAAUAAAAAAUGCGUUGUUAUUGAAGCUAUUUUUAAGCAAAAUUAUUAAAAACAAAACAAAAAACGUAAAAAAUAUUUUUAAAGCAUUUAUUUUCUAAAAUUUCCAAAAAUCUAUAGCCAAAGGUUCAUUUUAUUUUUUAAUAUAACUGAGAAACGCAAUAUAAUGUAAGGAAAACUAUUGAUACAGGUGGUUGUUACUAGGAACUAUCCGAGGUGCUGAACUGACAAUCAUAGGAAGCUCUAUUGUCUUUCCCUUUAUACUAAAUGUAUUUAAAAGUCUGUUAAAAAAACACCUAAUAUUAAUGAUGAAAUGUGUAGUUUUUGUGUUGAAUUGAUUAUUUGUGUCUUCUAUUUAUAUCCUUUGAAGUUAGGCUUUAUUCGCGUUUUAUCCAUCCACCAGUAUGUCCCUCCUCUCUCGCCUUCCCUCUCACUUUCCCGCUUCCCCUCCCUCAUCCUCUUCUUCUCCAUCUCUUCUCUCAUCCUCCCAAUCUCCCCGUCCCUUUAUCCCCCGACAAUAACAACAUUUGGCCACGAGUCACCAAGCGCAUUCGUUCCCAUGUAGUCCCGCGGACAGCUCUCAUCCUCCUCCUCAUCCUCAUCCCCCCCCGGAGCCGCGCGAAUGGUUUAACCCGCGGAGAGGGCGAGAGACGGCCAGCACAAAGGAAGGGCGCAUUCGCGUCGCUUAGGAGGGAGAUAAUUAGGCGCAUGAUGUAAACAUGGAAUAAAAAUCGCAAGGCGGCAUUAUCCCCCCCUCCUCCAUCAUCACACUCCUCCAUUAAUGCCGUUUAAUAAUACAUGAGGUAUUAGCCAGCAGUUACGCGCCUGUCUGUUAAAGGGAAGGCGCGCAGUGAGUGCGAAUUAAAUCCCGGAGAGUGGGAGAGCAGAGAGGAGUUCAGCUUUGUUUCAUCCUCGCUUCGGGGGGGAUUCUGGAGUUGCUUCUGGGUUUCGACUCGUUGGGAUGUGAUGUUGGGUUUUGCGGAUUGACCACAUCGCUUCCUUUCAUCUGCUUUGGGAUUGGGUGAUGUCAAACAGAAAGCAAUAUGUUGCAUUUCAGAGGCAGACGCGUCUCCAUGGGUGAGGCCUGCUGAUCCAGAAAUCUCUACAGAUCCUCUUCAGUCCUCUUCCUCCAUCAGUCUGCCCUCCUCCACUUCAGUCACCAUGACCUCCACCAGCAAGCUGCUGGGUUUGGCUGAGGUGGGGCUGAAGUGUGACCAGGAGAUCGAGAGGAAAUAUGAGAUCGUGCCCUCCGUGGUCUGCUCCAUGUGUUGUCUUUUUGGAAUCAUCUACUGCUUCUUUGGUUAUCGAUGCUUCAAGGCCGUGCUGUUCCUCACUGGCCUGAUGUUCGGCUCUGUGGUCAUCUUCAUGCUGUGCCACAAGGAGAGAGUGAUGGACACCCAGCUGAGUGUGGAGGCCUCUGUGGGCAUCGGCCUUGGCAUUGGGACCCUGUGUGGCCUGGUGACCAUGUUGGUCCGCAGUGUGGGGCUCUUUAUGGUGGGUCUGCUGUUGGGCCUGCUGACUGGAGUUGCAUCAUUGGUGGUCAUGGAGGAAUUCUAUCAUCCCAAAACUGUGUGGGUUCCUGUGGGCAUCCUCCUGGGCUCUGGAACCCUGUUUGCUGUUCUGACUCUGCAGUGGCAACGCUGCUUCGUCACCUUGUCCACAGCCACAUUUGGCUCUGCAGUCAUCACUGUCACAGUUGAUUAUUUUAUAGAGCUCUUUGCUUUAGUGAACUACAUCUACGAGAGACUCAAGGUGGCACCAAAGAAGCCAUUGUGCUGGUUUACAUGGGUCAUCAUGGGGGUGUGGCCUGUCCUGGCCCUCCUUGGAGUGCUGAUCCAAUGGAAAGUGACUGCAGAGGGAUUUUCCCACACAGAAGUGGUUCUGAGUCGACAACAGAGGAGGAUCCAACUCAUGCGGCUCAAGCAACGGGAAGAGAAGCUGAAAAAGGAAAAGGAGAACAAAAAGAAAAAGAAACGGCAGAACCAGAAGAACGUCUUCAAGCAGAAAUCUCACACCCAUCACCACCACCACCAGCAGUACCACCACCCAGCGGCGUCCCAUCUCCAUCACCAAAGUCAGAGCUCUCAGCCCCCAAAAGUCCCUCCACUCCCACCGCAGACAGAGCCUGGCUACCACCGCAAGCCUAAUCCAAAAAAACGUUUUGAUGGAGAUGUGCUGUCACCGAGCUACAUCAGGAGUUUCAGGGACAGACACACGGACAAACGGGUUUACUCUCACAGUCGAAUCAGUCGAUCUCGGAUGGCCGAACUGGACUACGACUGUGGCUCUCAAGUGCCACUCACCACCUCCAGUGGACCUGCAGUUCGCAUCUGAGGCAGUGAAGUCUCCAAAUCCAAGCACACAAUUACAGCUCACUGCAAACCCUAACCCUACUACGCUAAUAUAUUCCAAUGCCUGUUAACUAGCAGGAGCGGGGUUGGCCCUAAUGAGGGUGGAACAUAACCUACGAGAACUGCUGAAGGUGGUGUUUCUAUUUAUUUGCUCUUUUUGACUCUGUUUUGUUCUUGUUAACAAAGGGAAAUCAGAAUACAACUCUUUUAUUUUGUUGUAAAGCUUGGAUUGUCUGCAUUUCUUGCUUGCCAAGUUUGCGUAUGUCUCUUAAGGACACUCAAAAAAACAAAGACAAACUUGUUUUUUGUGUAACGAAGUGAACUGUUACCGCCACAAGAAGCCAUUUUCUGUGGGAGUUUCUCGGAAGGGAAAAAUGAUCAAAACGCCACACGUUGAAACCAUUUCAGAGAAAGAACUGCUUUGCAUUAUUCCUACGUUGAAUAUUCCAACAUUUAAUAUUUUAGCUUUGAAGGAAUCGUAAACACUUGAUGCAGUUUGCUUCUAAAAAGAAUGAAGAACUGAAGCUAAACGGCAGCUCUUCCACGUUUUACUGCUAAAGUGACAGUUUACCUUUUAGAGAUGGACCUGCCAUGUAAAAAAGAGGGACCACUUUUGAAUUAAAUAUGACUUUAUUUUUAUUUUAUUAUACUUUUGUUGCCAUUUUUCCAAGGAGAGGCUGUUUACUCUUCAUUACUUUUCCUCAGAUGACUCCUAAUUCUCCUCUUUACAUAUUUGUGAGCUGUGAAGGUACAGCACAUGUUGACUUGUCUUCAAGUGCUUUCAUGACCCUUUUCUGCCUGUUAUUACAAACCAACUUUCUUAUGUGGGAUUCAACUGCACGAGGAAUAUUUUAUUUGACAAUGUGCUUAAAAUGUUAAUGUUUUCCGGUUUACUUUGAUGUCACACAGAGAGGGCAUUACAAGACAACAAGGAGAGAAGAUAAGGGUGUUAACCAAAUGGCGCCCUCUAAUGUUUACUGCUGUCCUUCUCGUUUGCGUGCACAAGCAUCAGGGUGUUACUCUCUUUGAAAUUCAAGGAGGUGCAUGCUCCACAACUUGCUGUGAGACAUCCAAGAAAGGGAAUCUAGUCCUGACUUUUUGUUUUUAUAUAACAGAAGAACUGUUUUUUACUUGAACAUGGCUGGGAAGGAAAUAUCCUACGUGUGCUCCAUCAAUGCAAAAUAUGACCAUGGUUAGUCACAAAUGGCGUGGCCAAGAAUCAAGAACUCGGCAAUAGUUGUCAUAUUCUACUUCAGGAUGGCCACUUUGUUUGUGUGAUCUAUGUACCUUUUGUAUUUUCAGGACAAACGUACACACAGAUGGGAUUCUCAGUGUUUUGAGGACCAGUGUACUUCAUAGCUGCAUGAUAAUUCCUGUAUAUCUGUGUCCAGUGUUUUCGUGUCAUGGAUGUCAUGUGCCAAACUCCAACGUGGUUUGGUCUGUUGUCCAUCUCUUCUCGAACCCCUUUGUUCAAAGGGCUUGAAAAAGGCAUGUUUUGUCAUCCGCCUACUGUUCUGUGUCUGUACUGUACUAUUCUGACCAUCCACUGCAGUAAAGGCUGAGCAGCCCUUAUUCUGCGUACAUCUCAGCCCUCAUUUUUGUGCAUUUUAACAACAUUUUAGGGGAGAGGGGGACUAAAAUGUGACCCCAUUUGUUGUUUGUAAUUUUGGUGAAAAAACUAACAUUUUCUUUUUCAUCCCUUUUGUUUUUCCUCUGUAUUUUUUGUCACUGCCUGUCUACUCAUAGUCUUUGUGGUGGAAACUCUUGACUGUAGAUAUUUCGAUGUAAAUAAUCUCUUAUUGUACAAAUGUUUGGCUUCAUCUUCAUGUUUCCGGCGUGACCAUAACCAUUCAUGCAGUUGGUUCUUUUACAAUGGAAUAGGUCUGUUCUGUUGUGAUCUUACUGUAUGUAUUUCCUUUGGCUGGUUGAAGAGGCACUUCUCAUAAUGCUGUUUAAACAUUUGAUUAUAAAAAAAUAAAAUAAAGUAACUGAACUUUGUUA